AUGAGUGACCCAAGAAUCCCCAAACUCUACCAUCGUUCGACACCGCACUGGCAACAAGAACAGCGCAAAUCCUUCUGGCAGCUGAACGAGAACAAAACUUCCCCCUUCAACACCAGACCCGACAAGCUCGAGGCCCAUGCCGAGGAAUCACUGUCCAUCAAUGGCCGGCUCUAUGCACAAUCAAACGCCGGUCAAGGCUGGACAUUCUACCGUCACCGACUGAUCCCCCAUCAACUCGUCGACGUGAACGAACGAGACACCACAACAACCCUAUUCGGUCAUAAAGUCUCAGCACCCAUUGGCUUUGCUCCGAUCGGGAUUAACAAGAUCUACCACCCGAAGGGCGAACUGCCCGUAGCCAAAGUCGCUGGCGAACUCCGACUUCCAUAUGGAUUGAGCACGGCCGGUUCCAGCACGAUCGAAGACGUGGCGGCCGCAAACGAGGAAGGCAGACAAUCCGAGCACGCCGUGCAAGUUGAGGGGGCCGCCAACGACGAACCUGUCCGCUUUUUCCAGCUUUACUUACCACAUGAUGAUGAAUUGGCUAUUUCUCUGCUGAAACGAGCUGUGGAUUCGGGAUUUACGGCUUGUAUUUUGACAACAGAUACCUGGCAACUAGGCUGGCGCCACGACGACAUCGCCACCUCCAACUACGCCUUCUACCGCGGCAUCGGGGCCGACAUGGGCCUCGCGGACCCUGUAUUUCAGAAACGACUCCGCGAAGCAGGCAUCAACCCCCAAAAAGAACCAGAAAGGGCAGCGGCAAUGUGGAUCGACAAUGUCUGGCACGGCCGCGCAUUCAGCUGGGACAAGAUCCCCUGGCUGAUCAAGACGUGGAAAGAGCUAAGUGGUGGAAAACCAUUUUGCAUCAAAGGGCACGUAUCCCAACUACCCCAAGUUAUCCAAUCCGUAACCGACGCCCAACACUGCGUCUCCCUCGGCGUCGACGGCAUCGUCGUCUCCAACCACGCGGGCCGCCAAGUCGACGGCGCGGUCGCGAGCCUCGACGCUCUAGAAGACAUCAUUGAUGCCGGGAUCGGCGACAAAAUCACCGUCAUGUUCGACUCGGGCAUCCGGGGCGCCAGUGAUGUUAUCAAGGCUUUGUGUCUGGGUGCAAAGUUCGUUUGGGUGGGUAGAAUGUGGAUUUAUGGGCUGAGUAUCAUGGGUGAACUCGGUGUCCGACAUGUCAUGAAGUCGCUGCUUGCGGAAUUCGACAUUUCCAUGCUCACGGCGGGAUUUCGCAACGUCGGUGAAAUGUCUCGCGACAGGUUGCAGAGUGGGCCGCGGAGUUACUCGCUGAUCGCGGAGAAGUCGAGGCUGUAG